GAUGUUUAGCCAACACUAGAAGGAAUAGUGGUGAGCAGAAGAAAAAAUAGUAGUUCUUUGUUUCGUCAUCGGUUUUUCGCAAUUUUUUAAUGUUAAACUUGUAUAUUUGUGCUGAAAAAUAUCAAAUAUCGAUAGUAAAAUAUUUAAAUAAUUAUAAUUCAUUGAAUACUUAUUCGAAAAACAUGAACAUAGGAUGAAAAGAACCAUUUUGUAAGUGCACCAAUUGGGCUACAGAAAAAGUGGAAAAGGAAGAAAAAAACUUCCAUUGCACUUGGAGAAGACAAAAGAAAAGAAGCAGGAAAAAGCAAAUGAAAUAAAACAUUGAAAUUGAGCUUCAUCGAGUUGUGCUGGUGUGUUGUUAUAGCACACAAUACCGUCAUACUAACCAAUAAUAGGAAGACAACAGUCAUACACAUAUACAACGUCUAUUAAGUAGUUGAUUUUGUGAAGCAGACCACAGCGCGACACAGCAGCUGCCAUAGCAGACUUACUCAUUUGUUUGUAGAAUGUUGGAGCUCUGCUGAGUGGAAAACUAAAACACAACAAAAGUUCUCUAUCGCAACCAUCGUCAGGCAGGUAGAGCUCCAAAGACGUUUAAGCAGAGAGGUUAGCAAUCACGUCUCAACGGUAGCAGUAGCAGCAACUGCAAAAGCUUGCGGACCAGAGCGCCUGAACGAGAGCGUUUUCGCGCGACGAGAGUGUUUUGUUGACGUGUGUGUAAGUAAAGAGACUCAAAAUUGAUAGAAAUAACAAGAAGGCUGCUGCAACUGGUGCCUCUUCCGAGGACCAGCCGCCGCGCAAAAAAGGACGACGUUCAGCAGGAGGAUCAACAGCAGCAGCCGCAGCGGGAGCUUCAAUAACGACGACCGGAAUCGCCGCAGCAGCAGCAGGAGCACCUAGCAGCAAUUGUCUCAGUACGAGUGUGUCUAUUGACGCAGAAACAGCGUCGACUUCACGAGCGGCACAACAGCAGCGAUUAAAUCAAAAUCAAAAUACCCGUGAGAAGCAAAAUAGAGGUGAAUCAAAAAAUAGUAAUAGCGUAAAUACUGAAACAAUUGAGAAUACACAAGAAAAUACAACAAGAAACUCACCAAUUAGCAGUGAUAGUGUUGUGGACGCCGUCAGUGGCGCUGUCGUUGAUCGUAAUAUUGAAGUAUUUGAACAAAGUACUAAUUCCAAUAGUGGUAACGAAACAACGAAAAUGCAAAACUCGGCUUUGAAUCCCUCAUCAUCGAGCGCGUCCUCGUCGGGUUCGGGUACGGGUACGGGUUCCGCGUCCGUAUCGGCUUCCGGUGCCGCUCCGGUUGGCAAUUCAUCAUCAGCUAAUUCGGCAGCUGAUGGUGGUGGUGGUGGUAGUAGUACGCUGGGACCUGCUGGCGGCGAUUCGCUGGUCAAUGUGUCCAAUUCGGCAAAUUCAUCGACUUCAACGUCAAAUGGACACGACACAAAACAUAAUGGCUUUUCGGACAACAAUGAAAGUGGCACCUUAGAUGCACAAAACAAUCAUGAUCAAUCGAUCGUGGCCGUCGCCAAUCACAAUUUUCACUUGGACAAAACUAAUCAAGAGAUUAUUCGGUUGAUUGGUCAAUACUUGCAAGACAUUGGUUUAGACAAAUCGGUAAAAACCUUAAUGACCGAAUCGGGUUGCUAUUUAGAGCAUCCAGCUGCCUCGAAGUUUCGGGAGCAUGUCUUGUCGGGCGAGUGGGGAAAGGCAGAUGCCGAUUUGAAGGAGCUUGAACCACUCAUUGAUAAUGGCAAACCGUCGACUAUCAUCGAAAUGAAAUUUUUAUUAUUAGAGCAAAAGUACUUGGAAUUUUUGGACGAUGGUUGUCCAUUGGAUGCCUUACAUGUGUUGCGCAAUGAGCUAACACCGUUACAGCACAACACGUCUCGCGUCCAUCAACUUUCCUCAUAUAUGAUGUGUUCGAAUAAUCACGAUCUCUAUCAACGCGCCAAAUGGGAAGGCAAAGGUAUAUUAUCACGUGCUGUGGUCAUGGACCGACUGCAAGCAUUCCUACCACCAUCGGUUAUGAUGCCACCACGCCGUUUACGCCACCUACUACAACAAGCAGUUGAAUUGCAAUCGAAACAUUGCGAUUUCCACGAUAUGGCCUUUAAAACAAAUCUACAGAGUGUAUCAUUGCUCAGUGAUCACACCUGCGAUACCGAUGGCUUUCCCAUGCAGACCAUACAGGUACUCACCGAUCACUGCGAUGAAGUUUGGUAUUGUAAAUUCUCGCCAGAUGGCUUGAAACUUGCUACUGGCAGCAAAGAUUCCACAGUCAUUAUAUGGGAUGUAGAUCCAUAUAAGUUGACAUUAAAGCAUCGUCGCAUACUCGAAGGUCAAUCGAAUAUAAGUGUGGCUUUUGUUAGCUGGAGUCCCGAUUCGAAACUCUUAUUAGUGGGUGGACCCGAUGAUACACCCGAAAUUUGUAUAUGGAAUGUAGAAGAUGGCAAGCUGGUGUUAAAGAUGUCUCAGUCGGUGGAUGACAGUCUAUCGUGUGGUGCUUUCAAUCGCGAUGGUACACGCUUCGUUUGCGGUGGUCAAAAGGGACAAUUCUAUUUGUGCGACCUGAGUGGAACGAUUCUCAAUACGUGGGAAGGGGUGCGCAUCAAUAGCGUGGCCUACCGCGCAGACAAUAAGACUAUAAUAGCAUCCGAUAGUCAUUAUCGUAUCAGAGGCUAUAAUUUUGAAGAUCCGGGUACAGAUUUCGACAUACUCAAAGAACCGCACCCGAUCAUGACUUUUACGGUAAACUCUGCAGAUCGUUUGGCACUGCUCAAUAUUUCUAGCCAAGGCUUGCAUCUAUGGGAUUUGGAGGACAAGUGCCUGGUACGUCGGUUUCAAGGAAUUCGUCAGAGCAAAUUUGCCAUACACUCAUGCUUUGGCGGUGUAAAUGAGAGUUUUGUGGCGAGCGGUAGUGAGGAUAAAUUGGUAUGUAUUUGGCAUAUACGACGUGAAGAGCCAUUGGGCAAGCUGGCUGGUCACACAAAAACAGUGAAUUGUGUUUCCUGGAAUCCUGUGUAUCCGUCCCUUUUGGCAUCGGCCAGUGAUGAUGCCACAGUACGCAUUUGGGGCCCAAAAUCACACAGUGCCAAUGCAACACCCGAGAGUGAUGACUGUUCAUCUUGUUCAUCAUCAUCGUCGUGGAACAUGACAUCGUAAUUCAACACAAACAAAUGCAUAUAUAGACGUCAUAACAGCGAUAACCAAUAGAGGAGCACACCGUUGUUGUCGCCAUAACCAAGUAGAUAAACACAAAAAAACUACAAUACCAAUAUUACAAUAGUACCAACAAUUACAAUCGACAAACAACAACAAAAAUAUGCUGUAGAGCUGAAUGGAAGGCAAAGAAAAUAUUUGUUAAGGAGCUAAAGAAAGAAACAGCAACAGCAAGCAUAAAGUAUUCAUGUACAGGACAGUGUUGUAAUUAAUACCAACAACGCGAUACACUUUUCGAAAUCUAGUUCGAAAGUGUAAUUCGACGAAAGAAGCAGCAGUUUUUGUGGGAUUAGAAUGUAAGCGUGCAAGCACAGCAGCAAUAAAAUAGUCCAAUUUUCUUUUUAAAUCCUAACUAUCUACAUACAUGUAAAGGCAACAUAAAAAUCAUGAACAUAGAGAUACAAAUAUGUUAAAUGAAUACCAACAAUAAUUAUUAACGAAAAAAUAUAAAGAAUCACGCCACAACAAUAAAUUAGUUUGAAAAAUAAACCAAAAAAUACAGCAAAAAAAAAAAUAUGUAAUUGAUGAAAAAAUAAACGGCUGGAUACAGAAGCAAACAUUAAGAAAAAAUUAAUUGUAGCAAUUAAAACGAAGGUUUAUAUGUAACGUAUAAGAUAAGCGUUAAUU